UUGGAGGGAGGGAGUAAAAGCAAAUGGUAGGAUAAUGGAAAGUGUCCACCACUCCUCUAUUUCCGUCACUUUUCUGUUAAGAUGUGGACCAAAAUGACACUUUACAAAAUAAAUGAUACCUGUGUUCUUACACCUGAUCUCAGAGUACUUUAUUCGCAUCGAAUUCUGGAUUUUAGUGACAUUCUCUGUAUAAGCUAGCUUUAAUCGGAAUUCUGGUUUAUUGAUCCUCAUUCCUCACACAUGUGGUGCAGAACAAGUACUCGUAUAACAUAGGCGUACUGAUAAUCAGAUAGUACGGAUUAGUAAACUAGUCAGAUGAUCUUGUCUUGUUUAUGUUCAUGGUAAUUUAGGGUUUGUGUUUUGUGUUCUUGCUGUCGAAAUCCCAGUGCAGUAGUAGCAUCUCAUGAGAAUGAUCUGAAGAAAGAUAUCACCUUUCUGUUCGUCUUCCCGGAGAAAGAGCACCUUCUCAAGAAAGAUUCAAUCUUGGUACAAUAUAGAUACUAGGGAGCAUUAUAAUAAUAGAAUAAUACUGAGUAUAAAGAGAGAGUAUGAUGGUUCUAUUUGGGAGCCCGGGGACGGUGAGUGGGCUGUUUCUGAGGAUAGGGCAGUGUGGGUUCGCUGCUGUGUCUAUUGCUGUUAUGGCUUCUGCUUCUGGUUUCUCUGCUGCCACUGCUUUCUGCUAUUUGAUUGCUUCAAUGGGGCUUCAAGUGUUAUGGAGCUUUGCACUUGCGUGUCUUGAUAUUCAUGCUUUGUGGUUGAAAAGAGAUAUGCAAAAUCAUGUUUUACUGAGCCUGUUCGUUGUUGGUGAUUGGGUGACAACGACACUAUCGCUGGCAGCAGCAUGCGCAUCAGCUGGAGUGGCAAUCUUGUUCGACAGGGACACAAGCAUCUGCCAAAGAAUGGAAAAGCUGUCGUGCACCAUGUUUCAAAUAUCAAUAGCUAUGGCAUUCUUCGCCUGGUUUCUUCUCGCCCUCUCUUCGACUCAUGUCUUCGCAAUUCAAAGGCGUUUCCCACUCGGGAAAAUGUGGAAAAUAAUUCCAUAUCAUAUAAUUGGUGAUUGUUCUUGGUGGAGCAAGAUGGCUGUUAAAGUACCAAGGUAGUAUAGCUUAAUAGGGAUGCAAUUCGAUUCUGGUUGGGCAGACCCAAUUCCCAAAGCAUGUUUUCCAUACCAAUUGAGCGGGCCGAUAAGAUUUUGAAGACGCAUUUUCCUUGUUUGCUUUGGUUGCUCUUUGCUUAGAGAACUUGUUUGGGGCACUCCAAUGACUCAAGAACAUUCUGGUUGUGCAGGCCCAACUCACAACACACCUUAUACUCUAAAGCAUCUCUAAUGCAAAAGUGUGAACACAUACAUCACAGAUUCACAGGAGAGGAAUAGAGACAAAAGUUAAUUACUAGAGUUUCUUUUUCUUUGAUCAAUAUAUUGCGUUUUUUCCUUUUUUACAAUGUCAAGCGCAAUUUUUUAUCUAGAUAUUGUGUAUGAGAUGGUUGAGAUUUGAGAAUUGUAAAGAUUAAGUUCUUGGAAGAAGAAGAAUAUAAGAGUUGAAUCAUCAUUAUCAUCA